AUGGCGCAAGCACGCGUUGUCAUCCCCGACGAUUUCGAGGUUCUUUGCACUUUUUUCUUUGUUCCUACAGAAAAUAAGAAUUUUCAGCUCCCAGUCGGCGCUUUCGACAUCCCGCGGUGUUAUGAUGGCGAUCUUUCGGCCGUCGUUAUCUCCGAGGGAAUGAUCAAGGAUCGAGUUCGGCGUUUGGCUAAAGGUAAUCGAAUAUUCCGCUUUCGGCCAAAAUACCGUAUUCCUUGAGAUCAGAGGUCUUGAGACGAAGGCGCAAGAUAGCAACUUCUGUAGAGGCGGUUACAGUGGCCACCUUAGUGUCCUCUCCAAGUAGACCAACCUCUCAAGUAGCCACUAAAGUUUUUUCUUUUUUUCGUGGUUUUUUUUCUUUUCAAACUUGGUGGUUUCGUGCAGAAACUAGAGAAGAAUUUUUCGAAAAAUUCAGAAAAGGAAUGAAUUUUCUUCUCAAUUCUUCCAAACCCCAUUUCAUAAAUUAUAAAACUGUUUCUUCCAAAAUCUUAUGCGCUCGAACAAUGACGAGGAAUCUCAUGUGGACAUCAUUUUUUUGUUUUCCAUAGCUCAAAAUCAAGAUUUUUCUUUAGAAUACAACUUUUUUUGAAUUAUUUUCUUUUAGAUAUUCACCAGACGAUUGGAGAUGAACCGCUUGCCUUGCUCUGUGUUCUCAAAGGCUCCUACAAGUUCUUCACCGCUUUGGUUGGUUUUCGAGGUCGCGAAAUUUUACAAGAAAGUGCAACCAAUAUAUAAGAAAGUAAACAUUCAGGCUCCAUGAAAAGGAAAGAAAUCCAAAAACUUGAGAAAUUAAUAUGGAAGAGUAAGUUUUGUCGUUAUAUAGGUUCUUUUGGGAAACAUUCGUUUUUUGAACUGUAGCAAUUGAAAAAAUUUUUGAGUAUAUUAUCAAUUUCUUAUUGUUUUUCGAAUAGUUUUGUUCUUCUCUCCAUUUUUUCUAAUUCGAUUAUAGAGAAAAGUAAUUCUCACUUAUGUUUCGUUUUCAAGUUCCCCUCGAGUUUUAUUGUCAUAUCAACCCUCUUUUAACAUUCUGAGCUUGAUUCAGAUUUUUUGAAGGUUGAUGAGCUUUCGAAUGCUCGUUACAACUGUCCUGAACCGAUGACGGUCGAUUUCAUCCGAGUGAGGAGUUAUGAAGAUCAGGCCAGCACUGGAAAGGUUUUUUUUUUCUAUUUUUUCUUUGGAAGUUUUUAAAUUUUUAAGAUCGAAAUCAUGGGCAUGAGUAACUUGAACGAGCUCAAGGACAAGAAUGUCUUGGUUGGUUUCGUUUUUGAGAAUGAGUUCAUUCGUUUCGAUAAUUAUUAAGGUCGUCGAUGAUAUUUCGGACACGGGCCGAACGCUCGAUAAGCUUUUGAAGACUUUGAUUGAGACAGGUACAGUUUUUUCUUAGAAAAACAAUCAUCCAAUUCCAAUUAAGGCGUCAAAAAAACUUGGACAGCCUUGUUGCUUUCGAAAAAAGUUAAGCGAUUUGUGGAAGUCGCCGAGGAUUUCGUCGCUUUUGAUAUCCCCGACAAGGUGAUUCUUACGCGUUUUUUUCCAGAUUUUCAAUGAUUUUUUUCAAAAAUUUCAACUUUUUAAAAACAAAUCUAGUUUUUUUCAAUCCAAUGUCUGAAGAUUAAUGAACAUCUGAAAUAAAAAAAUUAUCGAGUUGAAGAAUAUUUUUGAGAAGCUUAGUUAUUUCAAUAGAUUUAUAAUAUUCUGAAAGAAUUGGAAGGAAAUUGAAUAUAUUUGAAGUUGAGGUGGUCUCAAUUUCAAAGCACUUGAUCCGCUUUAUCUCAUAUUCGCAUCAAAAUUGACAUUCUAGACCCUCUGCGUCCUCUUUUUCUUUUUGGACGCUCUUGUUUUUAAAUGCCCUUUUUUAUUUUAUUACCACGCUGAUUAGAGAAAAUAAAGGGCAUACAGUUCAGAAUCUUUCUAAUUUGAAGGUGUAGUACGCAAAAUCUGAAGGAAAAAUAAUUUCUGAAAAAAAAGAGUUAAGCCUUUUUUCAUUGUUGCGCUUCUUAAUACCAAAAAUGGCCGGGAAAAAAAUCUUUCGAUACUUUUUUUCGGCCGUCUCUGCAAGAAAUCGAGACGUUUUUCAACGACGAAUAUGAUAAGAUUUGUGUGUUCCGUGCGCCGAUUUCUCUUAUCAAGAGGCCGAUAAAUAACACGUGAUUUAGUGUCUUUCACUCAUGAUACUUUUUGAUGACAAUGUUCUUUGAGGACUUUGAGGAGAAAGGGACUUAUUUUUUUGGAUUGAAGAAUUAGACAUGGAAAAAAAGAUCAUUUUCACAAAUUUUUUUGACGGAAAGGCGAUUAGGGGGGGGCAGGAAGAGAUUAGAAGGAUAAUUGUAUUUAUUAAAACAUUGAAACGAUUACUUUUUAAAAAGUUACCAGAGCUGCGAAAUAAUAAGUUUAUUAAACUUUGAGGAAUUUUUUGAGCUUGUUUUACCUUAUCUGUUCUUGAAAUCCUGAAAAGCCUCUGAAGAAAUGGGUAUGUAGCGAGCGACACAAUACUUUUGGACUUCUCAAAGGAUUUUUCUGAACAAUUUUAGCGCCUUUUUCACUCUUCCACUUUUUUUUUCAGUUCAUCGUUGGCUACGGCUUGGACUACAACCAGAAGUUCCGCGACCUCAACCACAUCUGCGUCAUGAGUCCAGCCGGCAUCCAAAAAUAUAAGAAUAAAUAAAUUUUGGCUUAUUCCAUGUCGUUGGUGAUGUUGACGGUUAUUUUUUCAUUUUCUUCAAUAAAUUUACUUUUCUUUUUGUUUCACAACUUGUUAUACGGUAUAUCCGAAUCGCGAUUGUAACUCAAAGCUUAGACUAGGAGUUUCCAUAGAAAUAUAGUCUUUUAGAUGGAUGACACAAACCUCAAGGCGAAUAACAUUCAGAGCAAGUCCGCUUUUCUGGACGAACAGCUGAAAGUUUUGAAUGAGGUAAGUCUUCUCGAUCCUCGUUCUUAGAACAAGUUUCAAUGAUUUCUGAAUUAAAUUCGUUCAAAGUUGACUUUUCACGUUCAAAAUGGCUAAUGAAGAAAAUACAGAAGAUUUCAUAAUAAUUAUAUUUUCUAAUGCUUAAAAAUAAAUAGUACAUUUAGAAUUCAUUCUUUCUUAAAUCUUUUUUGCAGGGUAUUCAUUUAAAAAUUUUUUUAGUGCGAGGUCGGUUUUUUUGCGAGGUUUUUACGAUUUAAAAAAACUGCAACAAGUAGAUUUUUGAAAGAAAUUGGAGUUUUGAAUUUCCCGCCUUUGUUUGAAACGACUCAGGGCUUAUUAAAACCGGAACCCAUUUCACUCUUUCGAAAUCCUCAUAGAUUUCCCCCAUUCUUUGUUUAAAAAAAAAUACAUAAAUACAAUAGAACGGAGAGAGAGAUAGUAUUCCUACUGUUACAGUAUAAUACUCGAGCAAACUGACAUUCAAAUUAUUUAACAAUCGUUUUUCAGGAAAAGAAAGCCCUGGACCAGAUCCUCCAGUCGUUGCGUCAUCAGAAAUGGGCUCUGGCAACGGAGCAUGAGAGGCUUUUGACACUUCAACAGCAUCAAGACCAGACCGGCGUAUCCGUCAUCAAGCUCGAGGAAAAACCAAGCCUUACAAGCCUCUAA